UGUGGUUCAUCAAGGCUCUUCCGGACACGAGAGUCGUUGUUGCAAAACAGCAUCCACUGUACCGUGUGGGAAGGACAUACAGCAAGAACCAAACACUUUAAGUCUGAAGAAAACCAUUCCCAGAACUUAAAGAUGAGUCUUGCUGAGGUGCUCCAGGUUCUGCGAGGUGCUGGUAAGGUGGGGGAAGCCUUUGUCGCCACCCAAGGGGAACAACUGAGGCUGAUGGCAUGCAACACCACACUGGGAGCUGGUGUCAAAAGUGCCCAGGCAGCUGUCACAGACAUCCUGAGUAUGGUUAUGGGUGGUGGGCAGCAAGCCAUCAAGACGGAUGAGUUCCCUGAUGCCGAGGGAUGGGAGGAGAUGGACCAGAGCGAGGCCGACAAGUGGGCGGUGGGCUCUGAUUUUCCUGCCGACGUGGACACCCAGCACCAGGCGUCAUCAGGCCCGGGCUUUGUGGACCCUAUGUCUCCUGGCGGUACGCCCUCCGGUGGCGGUGGAGUCGCUGGAGGUGCUGCCGGAUGGGCACGACAGAAUGCACGCUUCCUCCAUCUCGCCGCGCCCCUUCGACACACCAGAUUCGUCCACGAUACGGUGACUGCUGGCCGGUUGACCGCCGAGGACAUCAAGAAGGCCCGUGAGGCCAAACAGGGCGCGGCCAAACAGCCGAGACAGAAGCUCAGUGAACGCGCCAAAGAAAGGAAAGUCCCAGCCACGAGGAUAAGCCGACUUAUGAAUUUCGGGGGUUUGGCAGUGGGGAUUGGCCUGGGAACCAUAGCUGAGGUGGCCAAACAGUCCAUAGGAGGAGGCAAGCGCUCAGAGAAGAAUGGUGCCCUCUUGGACUCUGCCAUCCUGUCGGAGGCUAACGCUGAGAGAAUUGUGGAGACGCUGUGCAAAGUGAGAGGGGCUGCACUGAAGAUUGGCCAGAUGCUGAGCAUACAAGAUAACAGCUUUAUCAACCCCCAGCUGCAGAAGAUCUUCGAGAGGGUCCGGCAGAGUGCAGACUUCAUGCCAGUCUGGCAAAUGAAUAAAGUGCUACAGGAGGAGCUCGGUGCCGAUUGGAGGGAGAAACUGGAGUCGUUUGAGGACAAGCCCUUUGCUGCCGCCUCCAUCGGCCAGGUGCACCACGGAGUGCUGAAGGACGGCAGGGAGAUCGCCAUGAAGAUCCAGUAUCCUGGGGUGGCACAGAGCAUUCACAGCGACAUCAACAACCUCAUGUCUGUACUGAAGAUGAGUGUAGUUCUCCCUGAGGGGUUAUUUGCAGACAGCAGUUUAGAGGUCCUUCAGAGGGAGCUUGCCUGGGAGUGUGACUACAAGAGGGAGGCGGAGUGUGCCAAGAAAUUCAGGUCUCUGCUGGCAGAUGACCCGUUCAUCAAGGUACCAGAGGUGGUGGAUGAUCUGACGGCCUCCAGGGUUCUGGCCAUGGAGCUGGUCAAUGGCGUACCACUGGACAGAUGCGUUGAGCUGGACCAGGACACCAGGAACAAGAUCUGCUUCAACAUCCUGCAGCUUACCCUGAGGGAACUCUUUGAGUUCCGCUUCAUGCAGACAGACCCCAACUGGGCCAACUUCUUCUACAACGCCGAGCAAGAUAAGCUCAUUCUGCUGGAUUUCGGCGCUUGCAGGGAUUACGCAGAGACCUUCACAGACGACUACAUUGAGGUGGUGUACGCCGCCUCCAUCGGUGACAGAGCAACCGUGUUGAAGAAAUCCACAGACCUCAAGUUCCUCACUGGCUUUGAGACCAAGGCGUUCCAGGAGGCGCACGUGGAGGCAGUGAUGAUCCUGGGCGAGGCCUUCGCCUCCUCGGAGCCCUUCGACUUCGGCCUGCAGGACACCACGCAGCGCAUCCACAACCUAGUGCCCGUCAUGCUGCGCCACCGCCUCACACCGCCGCCCGAGGAGACCUACUCGCUGCACCGCAAGAUGGCCGGCUCCUUCCUCAUCUGCUCCAAGCUGGGCGCCAGCAUCGCCUGCCGCGACAUGUUCCUCGACGUCUACAACGCCUACCAGGAGAGGCGCAUGGACAGGGCGGCACAGGCCUAAAGGACAGCACAGCACAGCACAGCACUGAGGGGCUGCUGUCGGUUGUGGCGGUCUGAUUGUACUGUAUCUGUUGAUAAUAUUGGAAAUUGGGGAAUGGACGGGAAGAAUUGUAUGUACAUUUGUAUGUAUGUGAGAGACAUGGCAAGGCAGUGGUGCAUGCGUGAAUGUGUGAGUGAGAACGAGAAACACUGAUGGAGAGUCAAAGGGAGGUGGACUAACAAGAGUGGAAGUGCGUGGGAGUGAAAGAGGGAGUGAGUGUGUGAUGUGAACAGAAAGAGUGUAUAGAGUGAGCUUGGUGUGUUUGUGUGUGUGUGUGUGUGUGUGUGUGUGUGUGUGUGUGUACGUUUGUGUGAGGGAGAGAUAUAUAUUGAUGGGAGUGUAGGCACCUUGAGGUGACCAACACAGGGAUACCAGCCCUGACGGGGUUGGACUUUCGUGUCGUGUUGGUCCAAUCAGAGACUUUGUGGACAGAGACAACAAGCGCCAUGCUGUUUGGACUGCCUUAUAUCAACAUCCUGCAAGCCCGAUCCCAAGGAGACCCUCCCCCUGCAGCACCACACUGUAUUAUAUUCUUGACAGGUUCCACCAAACAAGGACACUACGUUGGGGAAAAAAAAAAGACUUGCUCUCUUUUGUGUGUUGUGACACAUUUUAACACGGUGUGCUGUGUGGAUAAGGAAAAAACUAAACAAAACAGAAAUUGCUUGUUCGUGUAGAAGCUGUCUGUAGUGGUGUGUCAAUGGCUACAAAAGCUUGUAAUUUAUGGGGUUUCUGAUGAUGUGGUUAAACGAUGCUAUUUAAAGCUGUAAUCAAGCAUUUUCUUUUCAGUUCAUUUCACAGAGCUAUACUGUAAAUGGUCUUUUGGUAAAUAUGCCAUAAAUGCUGUAUCACGCCUCUCAUAAAUCAA